CAGGGAGGGGGGGUGCCCCGGAUUCUCGUGCCCCCACCUGCGGCUCAUCGGAGCCGCCCCCCCUUCCCCGGGGCCUUUGUCCUCCGAGGCCGUCGCCGCCCCCCUCCCCGGUCCUCACGCACCUUGGCCGGGAGGGGAGCCUACGCGAGGCCGGGGAUCUGCGGCCUCCCCCGGCGAGGGGCUCGCCCCGCUUCCCCCCCCCCCGCCCCCGGAGCCGCCGAGCUCGCGUGGAGCCCGCUGCCCGCAGCGGCAGGGCGCCUGGCUCAGGAGAGGCCGCGGAGCCGCCCCGGGCCUCCCCCUCCCGCCCGGGUGGCCGCAGCAGGUUCCCCCCGCCCCCCUCUUGCCCCCGGCGGCGGCGGGAUCCGAGCGGGGCCCGGGAGCUGCUGGGCCGGGCCGGAGGGGAGAGGAGCGGCGGGGGAGCAGCGCCAGCAGCAGAAAUGAUGGAAGAGUUGCAUAGCCUGGACCCACGACGGCAGGAACUGUUGGAGGCUAGGUUCACAGGAGUAGGUGUUGCCAAAGGUCCAUUGAAUAGCGAGUCUUCCAAUCAGAGCUUGUGCAGCGUGGGCUCUCUGAGUGAUAAAGAAUUGGAGACUCCCGAGAAGAAACAGAAUGACCAGCGGAACAGGAAAAGAAAAGCAGAAGCAUAUGAGACCAGUCAAGGAAAAGGCACUCCUAGGGGACAUAAAAUUAGUGAUUAUUUUGAGUUUGCUGGGGGAAGUGGUCCAGGAACCAGUCCUGGCAGAAGCGUGCCACCUGUCGCCCGAUCCUCACCACAGCAUUCCUUAUCCAAUCCCUUACCACGGCGAGUGGAGCAGCCAUUAUAUGGGGUAGAUGGCAGUUCUGCAAAGGAGCCGCAGGAAGAACACUCUCCUCUGCCAACGCUGAUGUCUAUGAUGCUGGCAAAACAGCGGCUUGAGAGUGAGCAGCUGGUACAGAGGGGAGCUGGCCUCUGUUUUGCUUUUGUUUCGGCCCAGCAAGGCAGCCCCUCUUCUACGGGAUCAGGGAACACAGAGCAUUCCUGCACCUCCCAAAAACAGAUUUCCGUCCAGCACAAACAGACACAGUCUGACCUCACAAUGGAAAAAAUAUCUGCACUAGAAAACAAUAAAAACUCUGACCUGGAGAAGAAGGAGGGGAGGAUAGAUGACUUAUUAAGAGCCAACUGUGAUUUGAGACGGCAGAUUGAUGAACAGCAAAAGAUGCUGGAGAAAUACAAGGAACGGUUGAAUAGAUGUGUGACAAUGAGCAAGAAGCUCCUUAUAGAAAAGUCAAAACAGGAAAAGAUGGCAUGCAGAGAUAAGAGCAUGCAGGAUCGACUGAGACUGGGUCACUUCACUACAGUCCGGCAUGGGGCCUCUUUCACUGAGCAGUGGACAGAUGGCUACGCUUUUCAGAACCUCAUCAAGCAACAGGAGAGGAUAAAUUCCCAGCGGGAGGAGAUAGAAAGACAACGAAAGAUGUUAGCGAAACGGAAGCCGCCUGCCAUGGGACAGACCCCUCCAGCAAGCAACGAGCAGAAACAGCGAAAGAACAAGACCAAUGGAGCAGAAAACGAAACGUUAACGUUAGCUGAAUAUCAUGAACAGGAGGAAAUCUUCAAACUCCGAUUAGGUCAUCUUAAAAAGGAAGAAGCAGAGAUCCAGGCGGAGUUGGAACGACUAGAGAGAGUUAGAAAUCUACAUAUCAGGGAAUUGAAAAGGAUACACAAUGAAGAUAAUUCACAAUUUAAAGACCAUCCAACGCUAAAUGACAGAUAUCUUUUGCUACAUCUUUUGGGUAGAGGAGGCUUCAGUGAGGUAUAUAAGGCAUUUGAUUUAACAGAACAGAGAUACGUAGCUGUGAAAAUUCACCAGUUAAAUAAAAACUGGAGAGAUGAGAAAAAAGAGAAUUAUCACAAACAUGCGUGUAGAGAGUACAGAAUUCACAAAGAACUGGAUCAUCCUCGAAUAGUUAAACUCUAUGACUACUUCUCGCUGGAUACUGACUCGUUCUGUACGGUGUUAGAAUACUGUGAGGGAAAUGAUCUGGACUUCUAUCUGAAACAGCACAAGUUAAUGUCCGAAAAAGAGGCACGAUCUAUUAUCAUGCAAAUUGUGAAUGCUUUAAAAUACUUAAAUGAAAUCAAACCGCCCAUCAUACACUAUGACCUUAAACCAGGUAACAUUCUUCUAGUCAAUGGUACAGCAUGUGGAGAGAUAAAGAUCACAGAUUUUGGGCUUUCCAAGAUCAUGGAUGAUGACAGCUACAACUCCGUGGAUGGCAUGGAGCUGACAUCACAGGGGGCCGGUACUUACUGGUAUUUGCCACCUGAGUGUUUUGUGGUUGGAAAAGAACCUCCAAAGAUUUCAAAUAAAGUUGACGUCUGGUCAGUGGGUGUCAUCUUCUACCAGUGUCUUUAUGGCAGAAAGCCGUUUGGCCACAACCAGUCACAACAAGACAUUCUGCAGGAGAACACGAUCCUUAAAGCUACUGAGGUGCAGUUCCCUCCAAAGCCAGUAGUCACACCAGAAGCAAAGGCAUUUAUCAGACGGUGCCUGGCCUACCGAAAGGAGGACCGGAUAGAUGUUCAGCAGCUAGCCUGUGACCCAUACUUGCUGCCUCACAUCCGCAAAUCUGUAUCCACGAGCAGCCCAGCCGGGGCUGCAAUUGCAUCAACCUCUGGAUCAUCCAAUAACAGCUCUUCAAACUGAGAGACAGAAUAAUAGGCCAAAAACUGCUCGAGAAACCAACACAGACUUUCAGAAACAGCUUUGGAAUAGAGGAAUCCGCAAGGGUCUCAAGAAACCUGUACCAGGUGCUUUUUUUCUCUUGCUUUUUUUUCCAUCCAUAGAGCAUGACAACAUCAAUUCUCAUCAAGGAAACCUUCAGCAUCUUAAGCAAAGCCACGUGGGUAGGAGAAGCUUGAGGUUUAUUCAGUAAAUGACCACAGAGGAUGGCUGCUCUGAGCGAGGGGGAAAAAAUAUGGUUCCAUGUACUGUGAACUUCUGAACGCGCAGACUUGGGGAAUCCAUGAUGCAAUGUGUGCUUCAGAGGAAGAAUGUGGACUUUGGAAAAAAGACUGGGCUAGUCCAGUGUUGAUAUUUAAACAUUGUUCUUUUCUUUUCAUAAAGUUUAGGUAACAUCUCCUGAAAAAGCUAGAAGCACCAAGGUUCAGCUGGGGAUGGUAUGACUCUUUGCCCUUUGGAGGGGAAAAAAGUUGAUCCUGCCUGUUCAUGGCACUAGAGUUAGUGUUUUACCCCUGAUUAAUUUCAAUUUUUUAAAGAAAAAGUAACAAUUUUUUGGAAGAAACGUUUUCUGGUCAUAAAGUGAAACCCGUAUUAGCAGGUACGUGGCAAUGUUAACUCCACUGAUGGUGCAGCUUUCCAUUUCCUUGACAUGGCCUCUUCCUUGUGAUUCCCCGUCUUGUGAGGAGGGGGGGGGGAGAUUCACAAGGGUGAGGAGAAGAGGCCUCUGUCAAUCUCUUGCCAUCAGAUUAGCGUGCCGUUUGGAGCCUUGUUGGGUUUUCCUGCGGCUGCUUCACCGCUCACACACUUGACGGUUGUCCCUUUUUAAUUUAUUUGAAGCGCUGGGCUUUUAAAAUAAAAAUUGGUCUGUCCACAUGAUGCUCUCCAAUCCUGUGAGUACAGUAUCUGUUGACUAGUCAAGACCGGCAGCAAAUGGGAGGGGAGUUCAGAAGCAAAGCUCAGUCUCUCUGACGUGACUUUUCUGGGCUCACACAGUAUUGUACAUUUUGUUGUUAAGCUUAUUAAAACCUAACGUUGAAGACUCGUAAGCUCUCCUCAGUUAGGUGAUUUAUUGUGGAAACCGCUUUCUCCCUUGCUUACCAUUUUUCUUUUAAACUCACUGAUUUUUAGCUCUCUGAUGUCGAUGCCUCAAACAGAUUAAAACAAAAACCCUGGGGAGGCAUGUUCUAAACUGAAUGGGCUUCCUGAUUAUUUUUGUAAUCCGUUUGAGGUGACCUCCACGUUGGGGCAGAGGUGUCCAGCUGUGCAAUGGGAGCUUGUCGUCUCCACCCUGCCCCUUUUCCCCCCAAAGGAAAGACUGAAAAUCAAAAAAGUACAGUGCUUGGACAUGUGGCAGCCAGGUUGGAAUGUUCCUAACAUAUGUGGCAAGAGUUUUUUGCCAGAAAUAUUUAAAGAUGCAGCAUCCAAUAAAAAGAUCUGUAUUGGGAGGGGGAACUGAGCAGUGUUACCACAACUUUAGGGUGUUGUAAAAAAAAAAUGUGCGUGGUGUAACCUUACUCAUGCACAAAACUUCCCUUGUUUGUUGUGGAUUGUUCUCUCUCUCCGCACAGCGCCUUCUGGAUUCCUUCUCACACUCUCAUAGUGCAUUUGUUCUCUUUGGCGUUCGGUACCUGAAUGGAGUUCUCGUGGCUAUCUGUGUUCUCCGUAGUGUGGAUUCUGCGAGAACUGCCACUUGUUUGCCUUAUUGUAAGCCAUCCUCCACAAAUGGCAGGGUUAGCCCAUUCAGCAGCCAACGAGUAAUUGGUUGAAAUACGAAGUAGCCUGUUGAAAUUACACCGAUAGCCUGGGGAAGUACAGAAUUCUGCUGCAGCUUUAAUUUUUUUUCAAUGAUUCUUGGGCUUCAGUCUGAUGCAUUCAUCUGCAGCUGCAUUAGGGUGGUGUUGAAACUCUUGUUUUUAAAUAAAACUACAGCUUUAAAUGCUCAGCCACAGUCUUAGCCCUUUCCAUUCCUGCUGUUCUCUUAGAAACAAGCUAUUUGGUAAGCAGCACUUGGACAUCAUGUUCAGCCUCCAUCAGGGAAGUCAGAUCUGACAUCUCAUCCUGUCUGCUGAAGUUGGUUACUUGGCCUCCAUGCGUAGAGGGGAGAAUUCUAAAAGGGUUCUUUGUAUCCCAGUCUGGUUGUUUCUUGGACAUAGAGUGUGCGCGAUCUCUGUGGGUGUGAUUAGUUUUGUCGGAUGCAUUUAUUCCUGCUGUGUGACACCCGAACGGGGCAGCGUUAGCCUUUUCCGGUGCUACCGUAUCCAGUAAAGAACCCUGGUAGAAUUCUAGCUGCCACACAUUUUGUUGUUAAUAUGGGUUUCACUUCAAGUAACAGGCCCUUAUUGCCACAUGUGUUCAUUUACUUAAAAAGGAAAAAAGUGUCUGCAGAAUUUGUAACUUAAACCACGCCGGACUGUUUUGGAUCUACCCAGCAGCUGAGACAUGGAUAUUAAAAUAAGUUUUAAGAAACCGAA